AUGUGGACGAUUGUACUCCUCACGCUCUGCACAUGGUCUUCGUCAUGGGGUCAGGUGAUCAACCGAGCACCGCAUUUCGUGCAAGGUGGCGAUAUGGCCAGGUUGGCCGUGUCGGAGGGCACGCCUCCAGGUGCACCUGUUUACAAGCUCGAAGGCGAGGAUCCAGAAGGUUCUAAGCUGCAUUACUCUAUCAGCGGGGAGUAUUUCACCGUGAAUCGGGAGACCGGUGUCGUUAUUCUAAGAAAACCGCUGGACAGGGAGACGCAAGACCUGAUCGAGGUGAUCAUCAGCAUAACGGACGAAGGGGUCGCAGGAUCGGAGCCAAACACGGUGUCUCUUCGUCGCGAGAUAGCUGUACUGGAUGAAAAUGAUAAUCCACCGGUUUAUCAUGGCAGGCCUUAUGCGGCCAGAGUGCCGGAGAGUUUCGUGGGUGGUCUGUUGGUUCCUCCAGGCACGAUCACGAUCACCGAUCGCGACGGCGGCGUAAACGCUGAUGUUCACGUGGAAUGUGUCUCUGGAUCGCGAGACGACGAUGUCUGCGACGUCUUCAAUGUGUCGACCGAAAAGUUGGCAGAAGGAAAAUACGACGUGCAGAUCACCCUGGCAAAACCUCUCGAUUACGAAAGACGAAACUCAUACCUGAUCAAUUUAUUGGCGGUGGAUGAUGCCAGCGACGUGACGAAGGUGUUACAGGCUAGAGCAACCGUGGCCGUCGACGUUCUCGAUGUACAGGAUCAGCCACCCGUGUUUUUGAACGCGCCGUACAGCGCUGCGCUUCCGGAGAACACCGCGGCCGGUCACACGGUCCUGACGGUGAGAGCGCGGGACGGUGACACAGGUGAGUCGAGGGCGUUGCUGCUCACGUUGGAGGACGAUGAAGCGAAGAACUUCGAUCUCGUGGUGUCGCGGGAAGGCGACGUCACCGUUGGAAAACUGGUCACCACAAAUGCCUCGUUAGACCGUGAAGAUCCCAGGAUACUGCAGAACGGCGGGAUUUACACGUUUCAAGUGAAGGCGACCGAGCUGAUCAACAAUGAGAUACCGGCCGACACGGCCACCUCUAUUGUCACGAUCGUCGUCACGGACGUCGACGAUCUGGCGCCUGCUUUUAACGAGGAAUCAUUUAAUAUCAGUAUUUCGGAGGACAUUGGAAUGAAUACACCCUUGCCAGGCCUCAAUAUGAUUGUAAGCGACGGCGACGUCGGAGAUAACGCCAGAUACACGCUAGCUCUGCGGGACGUGCCAGAAUAUCCUGGAAUCAGUAAGGCCUUUACUGUUAAUCCCGAGGAAGCUCAGGGCCGUGUGCCAGUCGUAGUCAAAGCGAAAGACGUCAACGUGUUAGACUACGACGUCGACGAUCCAGCGAAAAGGGAGCUUGAAUUUGAAGUUGUUGCCCUCGUUGCGAACAAAGUGGUAGCUACAAGUAGAGUCCACAUACAAAUAACGGAUGCAAACGACCACAGCCCGGAAUUUUCCCAGUCGGUAUACAAACUUUCCGUGCCCGAAGAUGCUGACAUGGGGACCAGAUUCGGUGACGUAUUCGCUAAAGACUACGACAGCGGUUCGUUCGGCGAACUGACGUACACGUUGCGUGGUUUCGGUGCCGAUAAAUUCAACACUGACCCAAAAACCGGCGGAAUCACCGUUGCGAAGAUGCUGGACUACGAAAUUCAGAAAUCUUAUUCACUGACCAUGGAGGCUAAAGAUGGCGGCGGAAGGGUGUCAGCUGUGAAUAUAUUAAUAGAACUCGAUGACGUUAACGAUAAUAAACCCAUAUUCGAGCAGAACGAGUUCACCAGAACAAUUCGAGAAGGUGCUGCCAGUUUCGAUCCACAGAUGUUCGUCAGAGCUACGGAUGUCGACGGUCCGAUGCAGGGUAACGGAAAAGUAACGUACUCCAUUAGCUCGCACAAUAGUAUGACGAAUGAUGUCUUCAAGAUCAAUCCAGACAGCGGUGAAGUAACAAUGGCGAAGCCAGUUCGUUCGGGAGACACUGAAAGGGGAAUAUACGAGUUGGUGAUUCGCGCUACGGAUACCGGUACACCGCCAUUGUAUUCUGAAGCGAAACUUCUCGUGAGGGUAGGGGUGCCUGGAAAUCAGAAACCUAUAUUCCGUGGAAACUACAAAUCGAAUUUACCAGGGCCAAAUACUUAUCGAGCGAGACUAUUGGAGAACGCUUCACCCGGAACGGAAGUGAUUAGAGUGGUAGCAAACGAUCCCGAUGGUAGGGACAACUUGCUACAGUAUCACAUUGCUUCUGGUGCUAAAGACAAUUUUGUCAUAGAUUCUAGCUCUGGCAUCAUCACUGUUUCCCCAGACGCUCGUUUAGAUCUGGAGACUGGCGGUGGGAAAUACGAGGUAAUCGUUCAUGCCAUAGAUUCUGGUACGCCUGUCAGAGAAACAGCAUCCACUACUGUCACUGUGAAUAUGAUCGAUGUGAAUAACAAACCACCGAUGUUCAACGAAUCAACGUAUCUCGUUUACGUGUCGGAAAGGGCAGCCAUUGGUGAACCUGUCCUGAAGGUAGUAGCCACAGAUCCCGACUCGGACGCUUAUUUAGAGUACUCUUUAGUAGAACCCAUAAGAGCUGUUGACAAGACCGGCGUCGCUCUCAAGACGACAGCUCCGUACGAUUACAGAUCAGCGUUUCGUAUCAAUUCUACAACAGGACUAAUAACAGUGAAUCGUGUCUUGGAUUAUCAAGUGGCUGCUGUCAUAAUACUGACUGUUCAGGCCCAAGAUCUGAACGCAGUCGUCGAUAAAGAGAAGCAAAUCACAAAGGUAGAGGUGACAAUCUAUAUUCAAGCUUACAGCGACGACAAUCCAACGUUCACAAAUCCUGGAUGGUCACCGAACAAUCCGACUAUCAGGAUUUCUGUGCCAGAGGAGCAACCUCUUGGAACGACAUUGUUAAUGCUGUCGGCUAAAGAGCCUACUACCAACUACCCUGUUCAGAGAUUCGAAUUGGUCAGGGAGGAUGACGAUGAAGGAUACGUUAAUGUUGGUGUUCAGAGCGGAAAUGUUGUGUUGAGCAAGAGAUUGGACUACGAGGCCCUUAAUCAGAAGUUCAUCCGCUUCAAAGUACGAGCUCUAGCCAUGGACUACGAAAUAACGCGUAAGAUGUCCGAAGCGAACGUGAUCGUCGAAGUUCAUGAUACUAACGACAAUAGUCCCAUCUUCACCCAAAAAGACUACAAAAUUUCCGUGCUGGAAUCAGCGAAACCCUCGAAAAUCGUAUUAAACGUCAAAGCAACGGACGUAGACAGUUCAAAUACGGAACAGGAAGUCAGAAGAGGAUACGGUGAAGUGCGGUACUCUCUGACCGGUGAAAAUGCAAAUAUGUUCGAAGUGGAUCCGAUAACUGGAAACAUUCAGCUUACUACCAAUACGACACUCGAUAGAGAGAAACAAUCAGUUCUACGCUUCUAUGUGGUCGCUACGGACAUGCCUCAAGGAGGCGCAGAGCAGAGAACUACUAGAUCAUUGGUGACAGUCGAUGUUCUAGACGUGAACGAUAACGCUCCGGCGUACGAACAAGAAUCAUACACAGCCGUUAUACCUGAAAACGCUCCGCCAGGCGUCAGCGUCGUAAACAUAACCGCUACGGACCCAGAUGAAGGCGAUGGUGGAGUGAUUAACUUCGAUAUCAUCGACGAGGGUGAAGCAAAUGCACUGUUCAAAAUAAAUCAUACCACCGGUGAGAUCUAUUCAGCCAAAGCGCUGACUGGAAAAGGACGAACAGAGCCCUAUGUCAUGCGGAUCAGGGCCCAAGAUGGCGGAGACCCGGAAUUAUACACCGACGUGAUUCUGACAUUAUACAUCGGCGACGUAGUCAGCAACGACGGCGUUCCCCUGUUCAUCAGACCAACUUUGGAAGAAGUGGCUCACAUAGCCGAGAAUUCGACGAUCGGUAGCCCGGUCUUCCAAGUCGUGGCUUCAGAUCCGGAUGAUCCGAACUUGCCGAACGGGAAGAUCACGUUCAAGUUCUUGGAGGACGGGAAUUUCGGAAAGGACGCGAGUGCUUUCAGGAUAAACAGCGAUACUGGAUUGAUCACCACCCGAAAGCUACUCGAUCGAGAGGUAAAGGACAGUUAUACGCUCAUAUUGGUAGCUCAAGAUCUAGGUAGUCCGCCUCAACAAGCAACCAGGGUGCUGCAAGUAGUAGUGAACGACAUCGACGAUCACAAGCCACAUUUCAAAAGGAACUUGGACAGUCCGCCGAUAGAGCUGACAAUCUUCGAAGAGGGACCAGUGAGUGCCAAAGUCGGAUUGAUCGAAGCGAUCGACGAAGACAUUGGUGAAAAUGGAAUGAUCGACUACGCGAUCGUCUAUGGUAACGAAGCUGGUCUAUUCGUGGUGGAACGUCUGGAGAAUAACUCUGCCGUUAUCAAGUCCAAUGGCCAUCUGGAUCGAGAAUCGGAAGAUCGUCAUCUGUUGACUGUUAAGUGCUUUCCGUACACCACGAAGAAGUCUGACAUCAUCCCGAAACCCUAUAAUCGGCAAGAUCCUUCCGAGAGGCAAGUUCUUGUACGAGUUCUCGACAUCGACGACAACAAGCCGAAAUUCAAGAAAGAGAACGUUACCUUGGGCGUUCGAUUGAACGUUCCAAUCGACACUGGUCUGAUCACGUUGGAGGCUUUCGAUGCAGACUCUGACGCAUUGCCAAUUAAAUACAGUAUGGGAAAAGCGUCGUUCGCUUCCCUGGUCGAUCCUUCCAUGUCCAAGCGACAGAUUCCCUCGCAGCUGUCUCUGAAUCCUCAAACAGGUGAAUUGAGGACAACUGGCUCCAUGUCGAACUACGCAGAUGGCUACAUGGAGAUCAUAAUCUCCGCCAACAAUUCCGUAAUACCCAACAGAGUAACGAACAUAACCCUAAGAAUCUUCUUGCUUCGUGACAGAGACAUGUUGAAGUUCGUGUUCUGUAAACCGCCCGUAGAAGUCCGAAAGACAUUGGAGGAUUUCGAGAAAGCUGUACAACAAGCUCUGUCGCUGCCGAUCAGCGUCAACGUUUACGAUACCCAAUUCUACUCGAAGGAAGACAACUCCUUGGAUUUUUCUUCGACGAGCUCGUGCUUCCAGAUGGUUGGAAAAGAAGCGUACGAUCUCGACGAGAUGAAGGCUCUUCUUACGGACCCAAGAAACGAGGAGUUGAAGAAGGUUUAUAGAGCCUACCACGUGGAGAAGGUUCAACACUGUGCACCCUUAGUGGCUCGCGCUGACGCAUCCAUGACGCAGAUGUGGGUGCUGGCGAUUGCUGUUCUUGUUGGCGUUGCAACUGUGAUUUCGAGUUGUACUCUCUGCUGCAUGCAUGCCAAAUACAAACGGAAAGUAAAACACCCGCGUUUACGGGAUCAACCGCGGCCGCCAUUGAGCUACGUCUCUUCCGGUCCAGGCAUGGUCAGCGCCGCGUCUCAUACGACACUUGGACCAGGAACCAUGGUUUCACUAGGACCCCAUGAAAGUCCAUACGAAUGGGGAGCUGAUACGACCUUGUACCAUCCCAGCACCCUUGGAUCAAGGUCAUGAAAAAAAAUACUCAC